UUUCAUUCAACUACCGGACAGUGUAGUUUGCUGUGCGUUUAGCGAAACUCUCCCGGUUGAUGUCAACACAAGAUUGUAAUCACUCAUUCUUGCAUGUGAUACCCUCGUUUAGGUUGGCUAGUAACUGCAGACAUGGUGGCCACUAAGAAAACUGUCGGUAGAUGUAACAUGCGUACCCCGAAACACCACGACAACGUUCGGUAGGUGCGUCGUUGCGGAAUGUGUAAUAAAGGCAGCGUUCAUCUCGGAAAAAGUCCCUGGAGUCCAUCAACUCUCGUCUUCAGCUGGUGAUGAAGAGUGGUAAAUACGUACUGGGCUACAAACAGACUCAGAGGAUGAUCCGCCAGGGCAAAGCCAAGCUGGUCAUCCUGGCCAACAACACACCUGCUCUCAGGAAAUCAGAGAUCGAGUACUAUGCGAUGCUGGCUAAGACUGGGGUCCACCACUACAGUGGGAACAACAUAGAGCUUGGCACAGCCUGUGGAAAGUACUUCAGAGUCUGUACCCUGGCCAUCAUUGACCCUGGUGACUCAGACAUCAUCAGGAGUAUGCCUGAUCAGCCACAGGGGGAGAAGUAGUCUAGUUGCUUCACUUCCGUUUCUCUGUAGAUGUAUUUUGGUAUAAAUAAAUCGACUUCAAGAUGA